AGCCCUGGGGACAGCAUCCUCUCCUGCCACCCCAGGGAUGGGGCUCAGCGCUGGCAUCCAUCAUGGUGCAUUCUGGCGCACUGCUCCUGGGUCAGGGGCCCAGAAGCUCAGCGCUGUGCCCCUCCUGAAGGAUAAUGCCUCUUGCCAGCCUGCCGUCUGUGGUGAAAGCCUCAAACGGGAGGGCUGCCUGGGCAGGACCCUCCAGGGAAGGACAGAUCCAAACUCUUCUCUCUCGCUGAGUGCAAAAAAGGAAAAAACGGCCCUGGGUCCUUGAAGGGCAGAACCAACCAAAGCGCCUGCUGUUGUCAUCCCAAAUGACGGUGCAAAGUUUUGACCAAGGAGUUGAUUUUCUUGUAAACAGAAAUGCAUAAUCCAAUAGUAUGAUUUUGAGAAGUGAAAUGACAUGCUUUAAAAAAUAUGGUUAACAAAACGCUUCAGAGAACAGUGCUAACUGGAUUUUUGUUUUUGUUUUUAAAUUGCAUGCGAUAGGCAAAUCCCAGGCCUUAAUCUCGGAGCCUUUGUUUUGGCGCAGCCUGCUGACUUUUAGUCCUCUUCUCUAUCUUGGGAUCUCUAGGGUUUAUUAAUCCCAGUCGCUCUUUAUCCUGCCAAUCUUCUAACUGUAGCCACUGCAGCCCCACAGAUUGACAGGAGUGCCCAGUGCCAGCUGAUCACCCUGCCCAAAUAUUUUUAUGGAAGAAAGUUUGAGGUGGUGCAAUAUUUCUGUUCCCCUGGGCUUUCUGCACUAAAUAUUUUCAUUCUGCAUUUUCUCUGCAACUAUUACCUGUUUCGAUGUAUUUUCCCCUAAACAGAGUAUUUGGGACAUUCCUCCUUGAACCCCAAGAUGUAGGUAUUCUGUGAGAAGAACAAGGUCAUUGGUGCUCUCCGAGCUUGCUUGUUUUCUUGCAGAUGUUUCAUUACCCAAACCAGGUAACAUCAUCAGUGCUAGUAAAGAAGAACUUUCUGCACAUAGCAGAAACACUGAAAGAUUAACUCUAUGGCCUGAGCAGCAUUGUACACUUUGCAAGAUGUAAUGGGGCUUGUGAGGUUAAUAUUAACCGGAGCAGGGGUUGGAGUAAAGAUUUGUUGAUAAUGAGGAAGUAUCAUAUAUAUUUCAGCAGCAGUUCAACCUCCCUCUUGCCAUCUGCUGUCAAUCCAGGCCCUUUCAGGGCAACCUUCUUCCUCCCAGUCCUGAAAACUGCCCAACCCCGAAAGGGUGACUCACACAACAGCCCUGACUUGCUCAAGAUAAAGAAUGCCAGAUAAGGAGGAGAGAGAGAGGGAGAGAGAGGGAGAAGACAUCCAGGAUCAGCUGGCCCUUCUUGGCAGCUUGGUAGCUUGAGAUGUGAAGGAACACUAUUGUGCUAAGUGGGAGUGGGAAUGUUAGGGUUCAGUUACUGCGAUUUCAUCCCUUGAGAUCUCAAGCUUUGCUGACAGUCUGAGGGGGUGGGGAGGCCAUAUUUACCCCUAAAUGCCCUCUGGGCUCUCUGAACCCUCGCCUCUCCUGCUUGCUGCAGGACUCAGGAGGAGGAAGUGCCCUACUGUGCCUUGCCCCUGAGCGCCUGCCGGGCACUGCUGUUUCCCUGGCAGAGACAGGGUGUUCCUGCCAAGAGCAACUUGUCUCUUCUGCCAGUCUCCCAAAGCGGGCUUGCAGGAGCCUGUGGGGCUGGAGGGAAGAGGAAAGGCUCAGUGAGGUGCAGGGAGGGUACUGGCUGCCUUGCCAGUGUCAGAGGCUGGGAUAUAUUCCACCAGGCUGCCCGCUGUGUACACACAGGUGCCUUCCUGCUACCAGAUCAGUCAGCGCUUUUUGCCCUUUGUGGCUUGACAUCGGCCCUUUCCUUGUGCCUGAUCUCCUGGCCCAACCAGCCUCCCACCUGAGUGCCUGGGCACACGAGAGCAAAGGGAGGAUCGUCUCAGGCUGGGAAACUGAUCACACGGGAAGGCAGACGGGAGGGAGGAGACGCCCAGCUUCCUAGGGGGAAGAGCUUGCAUCGGAAGGGUCAGGGCCAGGUGGGAAGAAAAAGACAACUGGACGCGGCGGUUUCACCCGGAGGAAGGCAGGCCGAGAGCCAGCCGUGACGUCUCGCGGGGGCCCCAAAUAACGCACGCGGACCGUUUGGCUGAAUAAAGGCCGACGGGAGCACAGCUCCCUUCCGCCGCGCUGCCUCUCUAGGCUCUCCGUCCUUUGAUCGGCGGCGCGGCUCUCGUUGGCUCGCCCAUGACGUCAUCUCCCCGCGACGCCCGUUUCGGCCGGCUCCCUGGGCGCCGCCAUAUUGCGCGACUAGGCCGGCGGGCGGGCCGGCAGAGCAGGCGGCGAGGGCCGACGCGUCGCCCGCCAUGUCGGAGACCUACGACUUCCUCUUCAAGUUCCUGGUGAUCGGCAGCGCCGGUACCGGCAAGUCCUGCCUGCUGCACCAGUUCAUCGAGAGCAAGUUUAAGCAGGACUCCAACCACACCAUCGGGGUGGAAUUCGGGUCGAAGGUGGUGACCGUCGGCGGCAAAACGGUGAAGCUGCAGAUCUGGGACACGGCUGGGCAGGAGCGGUUCAGGUCUGUCACUAGAAGCUACUACAGAGGUGCAGCUGGGGCACUUUUGGUGUAUGACAUAACGAGCAGAGAGACCUACAAUGCCUUGACCAAUUGGCUAACCGAUGCCCGGACUCUGGCCAGCCUCAAUAUUGUCAUUAUUCUAUGCGGCAACAAGAAGGAUUUGGAUGCUGACCGGGAAGUCACUUUUUUAGAGGCUUCUCGUUUUGCUCAAGAGAAUGAGCUGAUGUUUCUCGAGACCAGUGCCUUGACUGGAGAGAAUGUAGAAGAAGCUUUCCUGAAAUGUGCACGGACCAUACUAAAUAAAAUCGAAUCAGGUGAGCUUGACCCAGAGAGGAUGGGCUCAGGUAUCCAGUACGGGGAUGUGUCCUUGCGGCAGCUGCGGCAGCCCCGGAGCAGCCAGGCACAGGCGCGACAGCAGUGCACCUGCUAGCCCCAGGUCCCCACCGGCUUGCAAGUGCUGGAACUCCGCUGCUCUGGGCCCAGGGCUACAUGAAGCCUCUUCUUCCGUUUGGUUCUCCAAAGCAACAGGCCUUGUGGGCUGAAGACCCCGCUGCACCCCCUGCUGUUGCUGCCACAGCCACUGCCGCUUCCUUCCCCUUGCCUCGCCUCCUGUCCUCAGACAAGAAGGGUUGCACAUUCGGCUCUCAGAUUUCCUAGCAGAAGGUUUGCACAAGUAGCUGUGGCCAGGCCCCUUCAUCCUCCCCCUCGCACACUGCUGCUCCCCAAAGGUGUUUGUGUGGGGUGCCCCUAGAGGGCAUGGAGUCUUCUUGACCCCGUCUGCGCUCCGUAGCUGCCUCCAGCUGAAUAGCAGCCAAUCCCUCUGAUUGGGAAGGAAUGUCCAUGUCCCUCCCGAGAUGCUCUACUUUCUUCCUUCCUUCCUUCCCUCUGUAAGACCUUGAAAUCUUUUACAUUGCACUGAAUCUCAAGCUGCCUUGAGAAAUUGGGGGGGGGGAGGUUUGGGGGCAGGUGGGAGCACAGUUGUGGGGGUGGAAACUGUGGUGUUGUUUGCAGGGCAGGAUCCCGAGCGAAUGCCUCUCCCCCCAGGUUCGCUUGUGCAGGGUGGCAUUUCCAUGCCUUCUUUGGCUUUCCAGGCCCCUCUUAUGCUUGGCCUGUGCCUCUGCCUGCACCCCUCUUUUUUCCUGGGGCUGCAGUGGCUGGGCCAGACCAGUGGGCAGGUUGGGUUGGUUCUUGAGGGGUUUUUUUUUGCCCAGUGUUGAUGGAGUGAGAAAUGCUCCCUUCGGGCAAUUUCUUUGAGCUCUUUCCUGGGUGAUUUACUCUGGGCUGAGUCCACAGCAAGAAAGCCAUAGCAUUGGCAGAAAAAUCUCUGCUUCCCUCCUGGUGUGGGAAGCUGUGGGGCUUCCCCCCCCCACUUUGGGUACGCUUGGAUUCCCACAUGCAUUCAAGUGCUGCAAGAGGUCUGUAUCGCUAGAGCCUUUGACUGGGCACCAGCAUGAGAGGCUGAUGCCGAGUCAAGAGAGGCCCACUGUUGACAAAGUACCCCUGACUUCCAAAGAGCCCAGCCUGAAUUUUGUCACAAGAAGAUGAGAAAAAACACCAAGUUAUGGAAUUGCCUCCAGUCCCGUGGCCAGCGCUACCAGGCUUGCUGUGCGGGGUCCCUCUGCUGUCUGGGUCCUGCAGUGGAGAGGAUGGUUUGGUGGGGAUCUUUUGAGAGGCACCAGCUCUGAUGAGGAUUCCCUCCCCCCCACCCCCAAUUACAAUAGUUUCUCUUAACCCUCUGAAAGAGCCUGGCUCUCUCCCGCCUCCCUUUCUCCAGUGGGCCAGGAGCUGCCUCCCUGUGUGUUGAUCCACAUUUGCAUGGAUCGUCAGGGAUCUGGUUUUUGCCAGCCAUCCAGAAUGGGCCUGGGUCCAGAUGAUGGCAAGCUAGGUGGGUUUGGAAAAGUUUGCUGGGCCAGAAGUCCUCCCUGGUUCACUGAGGAAGGUAGGUAGAACCUGGGAGUUCCUGUUAGCAGUUACUUCUGGCCACUGAUGGUUGCUCCCUUGCAGGAAGAGGAGCUGCUCUGAUUGGGGGACUUUCUCCCUUCCCUCCCCAGUUUUAUAGUGACAUAAUGGGAAGGUGAGAACCUGGAGGUGGGACCUAUUUUUUUCUGCUAGGAUGUAGCAAUCUCUGCUCCUGCUUGUGUGCUGGUAAGGUUCCGCUUCCUCUCCUCCUACACCCUCAAAAAGAAAGGAAGAUGAAACGGGGGUGGUAGUUCGUAUUUUAUUUUUAAGUGUAAUGUUUCUCUUUGUUAUUUAUUCUUCUGUGUCAAGGGCAGAAACAGGCUCACUUUGCAGGUGGGGUCCCUGCUCUCAUUUGCCCACCUCGGCUGUAUCCCAGGUUUGAUUCCUUAAGCUUUGUAGGAGGAGGAGUUCCUUCCAUCCAGAGUUAAACAGCUGAUAAUUAUACGCAGUUUAAAACUUAAAUCUUCUGGUUUAUUUUAUUUUUUCUAUAGAUGCAAACAUUCCCUCCAACUUUAAGGCUGUGAAACCGAUACUCAUACAUAAAAUGUUUUUUCCCCUUUUACAAAUGUCAGAAUUGUGAUGGCUUUUUUCUUUUUGAAGCAAUACGUAUAUGGUAAUUAAGCAGCAGGAGGGCCGAAGGCAACUCAAAUGUAGGGGAGGCUGCCUGUAGGACCGAUAAACGCUGGUUGUGGGGGAAGAGAGGCUGUUUCUAACCAUGGCUGAUCUGCUUUGGGAAUCUCACCAGCAGGGCCUCCAACUGACUGCUCUCCCCUUCCCUGUCAAGAGUGAGACCGGGCCAGGCAUUGGGCAGUGGGCCCUCUAGCUGCUCCCCAGAGCAGGGCUCUGCCACCUUGGCAGUUUGAAGCCUUAUGGACUUCAGCUCCCAGAAUUCUUCUGCAUCUCCGUCAGGCCUUCUGGUGGCAGGAGCUGUUUCUGCUCCUUUUAGCACUGUGUUCAGCUGGGAAGUGCGGAAAAUCCUCCCUUGCUUCUCUGCCCAAAAGCUCCCUCCUUCCCUUAACUUGGGCGAUUUGCUCUACAGCUGACAGGAGGCAAAAGAACUCCAAAGGAGAAAGGGGCAUUUUUCAUUUUUUCAAAUGACAGGAGAAUUGUCAAGACUGUUAUUCUCAUAAGAUGUUCCUGUCCUUUACUAUAGAGAGGGAGGGAUAAGUAAGCACCGGAUCCCUGAUUCUCAUUGAAGACAAAUUCUAUAGCCUUUUAAUAACAAAACAGCAUGGUAACAAGAAGCCAUCCAUUCAGAAGAUAUAUGCAAUAACCAUAUCAAGGAAUGAUCCUGUAGUACUUUUAACUUAAUUCAGACUGAAUCCUUACUCGAGUUCUCCAAGAUUUACAUGUUUUAUCACAUUUCUUGCCUGUAACUGAACAGAAAUUAAAACAGAAACAGAAAAGACAAAUUGGAAAAUGUUUUCAGAAAAUAAAGAGCAACAAUUAAAAGA